GGCCAAGUGCCGCUGGCUACACAGUUAACAGCCAGAACUCCUACCGUACAGCAUGGCGAAUCCUACUCUCGUGACUCAGGGCUCCAGCGAUCCGGCAUCUUUGCCGGCUUGGCUGGACCAGCAGGAGCUUCAGAGUCUGCUCAAGCAGGAGAUGGCUGGCUUCAGGAGCAUCCAGAGCAUUCGGGGCAAGUGGGAAAUGAAUCUGGUGCAACCCACCUUCAGUGUCCAGCUCCAGGUGGAGUGUGCGGGAAACAGGAAACGAGUCGUAAGUUACCUAGUGAAAUCCUCGGAGAAAACUCCCAGUGGUAGGCAGUUCCCCAUUGAAGGGGACUUCUCGGUGGAGCUGCGAAUGUACGAGGACAUUCUGCCCGCUCUAGAAGAUCUCUACAAGGACGCGGGACAGGCCAUUAAAUUCACUCCCCCAUUCCUCAGCACAAAACAGGGCAGCAGCUUCCACUGCCUUUUCUUGGACUAUGCCCAGACAAGGGGUUACAGUGUGGCCAAUACCCUCAACGGCCUGGAAAGUCCCGCCAUGGAGGCAGUUCUAUCGAAACUAGCGGCUUAUCAUGCGGCCACAGCCCGCUAUAUACAGACGAAUUCCGAUAAGAAAAGAGUGCUUCCAAAGCUCGUAGAAGGUGCGGCAGCGGCAGCGGCAGCGGCAGGUGAGCUGAAGAGCUUGCUUCAACUUCGAUUUCACGAGAGCCUGCGAUCGCACGACGCGAGAGAGUACGAAGACAAGGUGAAAGCGUUCCAGAAAUACGUCAGAGGAGCCAUAGACCAUUCAGAUACUAGGAACUCAUUCAAUGUUAUCCUGAUUGGGGCCUGUUUUCCCAACAACAUAUUGAACAACACGGAUGCUUUUGGCAACGUGAAGGACUCUCUCUUCGUCGACUUUCACGCCGCCAAAUAUGGACCCGCUGUCUACGAUCUUUUCAGCCUGCUUUUGACAGCACCGGCCAAGAAAUGCACUCGCUUUGAUGGCUUCGUGAAGUACUACCACGAUCGGCUAACAGCUAAUCUUACCCUGCUCAAGUAUCGGGGCAAGCAGCCCACCCUCACCGACUUGUAUCUGGAUCUGCUGAAGUACGGCCACUGGGCCUUUGAGGUGGCCACGGAGAUUCUCCCGAUCGUUCUCUCGCACUUUGACAGCGAUGACGCUGACAUCGUGGAGCUGGUCAGAAGUCCAUUGUUUUCGCUGCAGAUAAGGGAGCUUCUGCCCUGGCUGGAGAAUCGUGGCUACUUCGAAGAGGAAUAGGAAGCUUAUAAAGCUUGCUCCG